AUGGCAAACGAUUUUAUUGAUAAAGUGGAAGAUAAUGCCAUUGUCCGUAUAUGGUCAGAGAAGGAGUUAAGUGAGAUUUGGGACCGGUGGGAUGAUGAAACCAAGCAGUUGUUCUACUCUAAUUAUGGGGAUUUGCUAUAUUUACUUAACAUCAAGGUGGAUGAACGACUAUUUCGCGUUCUCGCUCAAUAUUGGAAUCCUGCUUAUAGCUGUUUUACUUUUGGCAAGGUAGAUCUGGUGCCUACGGCGGAGGAAUAUACGGCUUUACUACAUUGUCCAGGGCUUCAAGUGGAUAAAGCAUAUUCUAAAGCCGCGUAUGUCCCAGCAUUUUGGAAGAAAUUAAUGGGUAUUACGGGAAUGAGUGAACAAUGGAUCACAACCAGGAUUAAACAGAAGGACGAGUGUAGAUGUAUCCCAUGGAGGAAUUUGCAAGACUUGAUCCUAGCACAUCCUGAUGGAAAAAAGAAGGUUGAUGUGUUUGUUUUAAGUAUCUACGGGUUAGUGAUUUUCCCUAGGGCACUGGGGCAUGUUGACGAAGCUGUUUCAAAUCUUUUUGAUCGGUUGGGUAAAGGGGUCACACCUGUUCCUGCGAUUUUGGCUGAAACGUUUAGAUCUUUGAAUGCGUGUAGUCAUUUUUGGAAGGUUGACAAAGUUUCAUAUCGGGUUUUCUCUGAGCAUUACUCCCCGUUAAAGGAGAUAGUGGCUACCUCCAGAAGGGACGAUAUAUCAGAAGAAAAUUGGAUAGCAAUUCUGCAAAAUCUUCAAGAGGAUGAUGUGGAAUGGAGAGCUCCUUGGUUGAUUCCUGAUGGAAUUCUCUACCGUUGUGGGAGCUUUGACUGGGUUCCGUUGCUUUGGAUUUGGGGAGCCGUCGGAUAUGCACCUUUGCUGGUCCUAGGGCAAUACAAUUCAAGACAGUUUGUGCCGACAACGUAUGGUUUAGCUCAAUGUGAGUUCUCGUACCGAGGAGACAAUUACAAGAAAAAAGUGAAGAAAAUUUCUCAGGCUUGGAAUCAGGUUCACAGGAUGAAAAGGCUAGCUGUGGGUUCGAUGAAAACUCCAAAGUACGGUGAGUGGUGA